ACGCUCCUCUGAAGACCUCUCCCUCACACACGCAACUCUGUCUGUGGCUGAAAGAGGGGAUAUUCUCUCUGCAGUGGUUCACUUUGGUUUACGUGUCUGGAGACUGCCGUCAACUUUGCCGUUUUCUGUGUGUAAUUUUAUGUUCUCACUUUCAUUUCGUUUCAUUUCCCUCUUUGAAAUCUUCUUUUUUGCAUGAAAAUCACUAAUUUCUUAAUCAUAGGGGCAAUCAUUUUUGUUCCUGGCAAAGGUCUAAUUUUCUUUCUUUGACAGACUAUUGCCCGAUGACCGCAGGUUAAAGGUGGACUUUUUGUGAAUGUAGGAACAUCUUUUUGUUGUUUGUUUUAUUUAAUAAUUUAUUUAUUGAAAAUGCUUCUUUUUGUAAUCACUGGGACCUCAAACUGCUAACACCUUCAUGUGAAUCACACAUGGUGCACUAUGAGUUAAUCAGUGUUGUAUGACUGGCCCUAAAUGUCGAACCGCUCUCUCAAAGAAGCCCUGCUUUCUUCUGCACUCAACCAAGAGAUGACUACCCUGGAGCCCGUGGGAGUCCUAUUGGAGAGGAUGACCAACACCACCGAUCCUCCACGGAAUGCUUCAGCUGAGGAUAUGGCUGCCACCUUUACCAUUGGCACAAUCCUGUCCGUCAUGUGCCUGGCGGGAGUAACUGGGAACAUCUACACUCUGGUAGUCAUGUGUCACUCCAUGCGCUCAGUGGCCUCCAUGUAUAUCUACAUCAUCAACCUGGCACUGGCAGACCUACUGUACUUGUUGACAAUCCCAUUUGUGGUCUGUACCCACUUCCUGAAGGGCUGGUACUUUGGUGAGGCGGGUUGCCACAUCCUGAUUAGCAUGGAUUUCCUGACCAUGCAUGCCAGCAUCUUCACACUGACUAUCAUGAGCACAGAGAGAUACUUCGCCGUUCUCAAGCCGCUGGACACCGUGAAGAGGUCCAAGAGCUACCGCAAAACCAUUGCAAUCCUGGUGUGGUUGGCAUCCCUCAUUCUCACCUUGCCCAUGAUAAUCAGAAUACACCUCAUACCGGUGGACAACAAGAUCAUGUGUCAGCCUACUCUCAGCCAACUGUCCUACAAGAUCUAUAUCUCCUUCCUCUUCUGCACAAGCAUUGUGGCCCCCGGAAUGAUCAUUGGCUACCUUUACAUCUGCCUGGCCCGGACAUACUGGGUCAGUCAGACAGAGAUCUUCAAGCAGACGAAGAAGUUGCCUAACCAGAAGGUGCUGUACCUGAUCUUCACGAUCGUGCUGCUCUUCUGGGCCUGCUUUUUGCCCUUCUGGAUCUGGCAGCUUUUGGGACAGUUCCACCCUUCCUUAUCUCUGUCCAGCAAAGCCAGGCGCAACAUCAACUACUUGACCACCUGUCUCACCUACAGCAACAGCUGCAUCAAUCCCUUCCUCUACACGUUGCUCACCAAGAACUACAAGGAGUACCUGCACAAUCGGCAGCGGAGCUGGACCGCGGGGAGUUACUUCAACCGCAGGAGCCGCUUCCAGCGAUCCCCUCGCCGCUCCCUGUCAUCCAGCAGCCAGCAGUGCACUGAGAGCUUUAUGCUUGGACAUACUGCUCGAACUAACCACUGCAGUCUAUGAGCACAUCUUCACUUUAUGGGCCAGCAAAGGAAGUAUUAAAAAGAGGAAUUCUAUGGAAUCUUUUGUGGGAUCUGGAGGGUUGAAAGGGAGAGGAAGAAGUGAAGAAGCUCACGUUUGACGGUAUGACGGUACUCCAUCCCGACCUUUUCACAAUCAGCCUCAGACUUUCUUACCCAGAAACAUUUCUCAUAGUUGUGAGAAUGACUGACGCUUAAAUGAGAUGAGCAUCCAUUGUAAGCAGCAAACUCAGCUGUUAUUACACCGUAAUUUAUGGUCAAGAAAAAUGCUGGUUCGAUGAAAUGUUAAUGAGCUAUGCCUAAUUGAUCUGCAUAAUCAUAAACUUAUUUGUAUAUAAAUCACAUUACUUAAAUAGUAUAUAUGUCUAGACUUUUUCUAAGGAUUCACUUGUUAAUUUAUUGAUAUGCUAUAAAUUGUAUAAUUUCAAUAAUGUAAAUAUAAUCAUAUCAAUAACCUGGAAUGCAAUUUCAUUCUGUUAUGUAAAUGACAUGAAUAUUUACUUCUCAGGAUAUUUUGGCACAAAAAUCAACCACAAAUCCUAGAAUUUAUUUAAACAGUCAUAAUAGGAAAAAUACACAAAUGUAUUAAUCAGGAUAUACUUUAUGAUUUGCAAUUGUUUUUGUCUUUCAAAGCAUAACAAAGACACAAAAAAUGAAUUAGAUACAUGAAAGUUUAUUUUUUGAUGUUACAGUAGUAAAAUUGUAGAUCUAUCUGUAGAUGUGAAUAUUUAAAAAUGUGUAAUAUCAUUGCAUAUUUAUUUGUUCCUGUUUUCUUCACUACUUGACAUUGAUAUGAUGUCAGUGCAUGUGUUUUUUUUCUCUAUUUAAUCUUUUAAAAAUAAAUAUUAAGUUGUAUACAUCAAUUUGGUAAUAAAGUAUUUUAUUGUCAUAUCAAUGUCAUAUAAGAUCUAGACAUAUAAUUUUGUUUUUAAUUUCCAUAUAAUCUUAUAACCUAAGAGGAUUAAAAAAAAAUCACAGUAUAUAUCGCAAGGUAUGUAUAAUACUCUAUUCAGUGGAUUUAUAACUGCAAAUUGUCCCUUAGAUUGUACUGCUAGUUAAAGUCAGUGUUAGUGACUUAUGUCAGCAGUGAACAAUCAAUAAUCCGGUUGUAUUGCACUCUAAGAUACUGAUUUGCUGGCUUCAAUGGAUCAGAGAAAAAGACUAUUAAUGUAACAGAGUCAGCAAGGAACAAUCAGGAAUGAACUAUAUUGCUUCAGUUAAUACAAAGUUGCAGUUUGCAGGGUCUAAACAGCAUAUUUCUCAUCAGAGGAACAGUUUAGUCAUCAGUCUUCACUGCCCUGUUCUGCACCUGACGUUAACAUACCCAUUCAGACUGUAACAUACCCAUUCAGACUGUAACAUACCCAUUCAGACUGUAACAUACCAUUCAGACUGUAACAUACCCAUUCAGACUGUAACAUACCCUUCAGACUGUAACAUACCAUUCACACUGUUCAGAUUGUUGGCUUUUCCAAACUAUAGAUGUAGGUUAACAGCUUUGGAAUAAACAUCAUUUUGUACUUUAGGUGAGUGGUGGGGAGGAAUGGUAAUUUAUAACUGUUUCAUUCCAUUUAUAAAACUUCUAAGAAACAUGCAACCUAAUACUCUAGGUAAGAAACUCAUUCUACCGUCAAGUGAAAGGAAUUUAGGAUGACCUUUAGGUAUUAUUGAAACUGUAAUAGUUAUUGUAACGUGAUGUCUAAUCAAUAGCCAAUCAUAUAGACGGCAAUUCUCCAGAAAUAACAGGGCUAAACUGAACACUUUUCACAAAUGUACAUAUAAUUGUAAUGGAUGCACUUUUAUAAAAAGAACCUAGAGUGCAAAUAUUUGCAGUCCUUUAGUAAAAAUAAAAUGCUGCAAUGCAGAACACUAAUUGCACAUGGCUGUAAUCAUCACAGAAAUAAGAGAAAAUAUGGAAAUGAGCCGUGAAACAUGACUUGGCAGAGAAGCAGCAUGCAGCAUGGAUCAGUGGUUUCUAAGUGAUUAAUCGUGUUACUGCCAUAUGAUGUUAGUCCACACAAAAUGUGCAGUGAAGUCUUAUCACUUACAGAUUGCCAGAACAGAAGGCAAAAAAUAGUGUUAAUAAUCAAUUGUGAAUGAAAUAACGAGAAAAAAGAAUG